AUGUUGGAGGCCCACUUUGCAGGUGACAGCCAGAAAAAUGGCCCUGCGGCCAUCCCCCUGCCAGACUGCAGCCUGCAGGAGGCAGAGGCAUUCCUGUGCUACCUGUACCACCUCCCCACAGAUGUGCAGCUGAAUCCUGACAGUGCGAGGGCCAUUGUCAAGCUUGCACACAAAUUUGAUGUGGGGACGGCACUGCAGCAGUGCGACGAAUUCCUGGCCCACCAUAUGAAGCAGAUGCCUCUCUGGGACUGCGGCAGAGAUGCGCUGGAGUGGGCGCUCUUUGCGCAGCAGUACCACCUGCCCCUGCUGGAGGCUGAGGCUGUGCAUCACAUCGUGCAGAACUUUGUCGAGGCGGAGCGCCAGGAGGGGUUUAAUGAGCUGGGCCAGGGGGACCAGACCGACGUCCUGCUCGUGCUCGACACCAAAGAGGAGCUCCCAGCGCACGCAUUGUAUCUGUCAGCCAAUUCUAGCGUCUUCUCUGGUAUGCUGGAGGAGCAACUCACCAGCACAGCAAAGGACAAGCUGCCCGUCAAGAUCCCCCUGCCGGACUGCAGCCUGCAGGAGGCGAAGACCUUCCUGUGCUACCUGUAUCGCAAGGAUGCGCAGCUGACCAGUGACAGCGCAAAGUACAUUGUCAAGCUGGCCCACAAGUUUGAUAUGGGGGUCGACAGCAAUAAGGAGAUUCUGAAGUUGGCGCUGUUUGCUCAUCAGUAUCAUCUGGAAAAGUCCGAGGAGAAGGCUGUGCAAAGCAUCGCAGAGAGGCUCAGCGACAUGGAUGCUCUGGAGGAUUUUGACAAGCUGAACCUGCAGCUUCUCAGGCGUAUCACCAAAGUAGUGGCCCGCAAGAAAUACUACUGA